AUGCAUUGCAUGGUCAUGAGGAUUAAUCUUGACUGCAAUGCAUGUUGCAGAAAAUUGAGAAGAAUCCUCCUAAGGAUGAAAGAAAUAGAGACACACCAUAUGGACAAGGCCGAGAACAAGUUGAGCGUGUGUGGAAGAUUUGAUCCGGCCCACGUUGCAAUAAAGAUAAGGAAAAAGAUGAAAAGGAGAGUUGAGAUUUUGGAAAUUCAAGAGCUAAUAGGUCAUGCCAAUGGUUAUUAUAACACAACCAAAUGCCAACUAUUGCCUCCCAAUUACAUGUCAUGUCUUGGUAAAGGAAAUUCAGACACUGAUAUUUCCAUUUUCAAGGAGUAG